UUUUCUUCUAAAUGAAAAAAAUACAAUUUUACAACAAAAAAAGUUUACAUGUUUCUACAAAUUUUUAAUUCUGUCAGAAAGAAAAAUUUAAUUGUAUAAAGGUAUAUAUUCAGUAGGGAAGUUAAAUAAUAAAGUUAAUUUUAUUUUUGUUAUUAAUCACUUUAAAUGAUGAAGUGCACUUCUAUUAUAUGGUGAUAGUAACAAAAUGAAAAUUAAAGUAAAAAAGGAAAAAGAAGCAAACCAAUAAUCAUACAAGGCAUACUGUUAUUUUAACUAAAAAAAAAAAAGAAAAAAUAGAAAUUGUAAAAGAAAUAGCUUUCCUUUUUCAUAAAAUGUAGCCUUUUUAUUAUUUAUUAAGAGAGGUGCAAAUUUCAGAGUAGCAAAUGAUAGUGCUGGGGCAAACUAAAAAAAUAAAAAUAAAAAUUAUUGUCUCACCAAAGAUCAAUUCUGCUUCUUACUUCCAUUACAUAUUGUUAAUUUUAAUUGUCUAUCCAACAGGAAGAAUUUAUUCUCCUGUGACAAUGAAAAAGUAAAGGAAAUUAGUAAUCAGUUUGCCAUUAGAAACUGUUGAAAAGAUAACAAUGGUUUUAUGGCAUUCUACAAGCCGGCAUGAAUAGCAGAACAUCUCUGUCUCCUUAUGUUACUACUAACUAUCAUGUGCUGCAGACAAAACAGGCAUUGUAAUUACCGUUAAGCAGUUUCCUUCGAGGUUUCUUGUCCUUUCAACUGCAUAUCUAGUCUAAUCUAUCUUGAGCACCCAAUUCUUUGGAAUCUCUUUAGUUUCUUCUGCUUAUUAUACACCAGUAAACGAUGGAACCACAUUGUUUUUAUUUUAAGCACUCGAAUUUCUUUUCCUGAGGCUGCUGCACUCUAGCUAUUUUCUUUCCCCAUUUCCUCUCAGACACUGUCUUUCAAUCCAACGCCUUCAUCAUCAUCAUCAUCCAUGCCAAGCUCAAAUUCAGGUGUAGAUCAUAAUCCUGCAAUGUAUGUUCACUCAAUUUCUGGGGCAGGCAGGCUUCUUCCUUCAGCUAGCCAAUGGAACUCGAUAGAACUUGACUUUAGUCUUUUUCCGAACUCCAAAACUAACUAUGACUCGAUCCCCUCUCGGUACUCCAAAUCUUUCGAAUAUGAACUUAUUAUCACCGAUAGACAGUACUUCAAGCGCUUUCUUUACAUUUCAGUCGUCAUUGUUUUACUCGUGAUAGCAACUGUCUUAUUAGUACACUUCUUGCCUCACCAGAAUAAGCUCCAUGGGAAUUCAAAGAAUCUGACACUUGCACUGAGCCAAGCUCUGAUUUUCUUUGAUGCACAGAAAUCUGGGAAUUAUCCAAACAAUAGUCCUGUGAAAUUCAGAGGAAAUUCAGGACUGCAAGAUGGGGAUUCUGUACCUGGUGGCCUUGUGGGUGGCUUUUAUGAUUCUGGCAAUAAUAUCAAAUUCAGUUUCCCUGUAGCUUAUACCAUUACCCUCUUGAGUUGGACUGUGAUUGAGUACCAUCAGAAAUAUGCUGAUAUAGGUGAACUUGAUCAUGUCAAGGACAUUAUCAGAUGGGGCAGCGAUUAUUUGCUCGAGGUUUUCGUUCCGUCAAAUUCAACUUCGGAUCCCAUUACAAUAUAUUCUCAGGUUGGAAGUGCUGGCAAUGGCACUGGAGGUGAUAAUGAUAUCAGUUGCUGGCAAAGACCCGAAGAUAUGAGCUAUGCAAGAACUGUCUCAGCUUGUGAUGGCACAGCUUCUGAUCUAGCAGGAGAAAUCAUGGCAUCAUUUUCAGCAGCAUCAGUAGUAUUCAGAGAAGAUAAUGCUUACUCAGGACGAUUAAUCAGGGCAGCAGAGUUUUUGUUUGAGGUUGCAACUAAGAAUGAUACUGGUCAUAUACAAGGAACUAACACCAAUAUUGAGACUUGUGGAGGACAGGCAAGAUUGUUUUAUGAUUCAUCAGGCUACAAAGAUGAACUAGUCUGGGGAGGAACUUGGUUAUUCUUUGCUACUGGAAAUAAUUCUUAUCUCCAAUAUGCUACCGAUCAUUUUAGCGCAGCGGAGGAAGAGGAAGCAAUAUCAGAGAAAGGAAUUUUCUCUUGGAACAACAAGCUUACUGCUAAUGUGAUUUUGCUAACUCGACUUCUAUACUUUCGCGAUAUGGGCUUUCCCUUUGAGGAUAGAUUAGGAUCUUCAUCAAACGCAACCAAUUUGCUCAUCUGUUCUUAUCUUUCUCAAGGAACCUUUAACAGAACACCAGGUGGCUUGAUACUCUUAAGUUCUGAUUAUGCUGGGCCAAUCCAGUUUGCUGCAACAGCUUCUUUCCUGAGUAAAUUAUACAGUGACUAUCUUGAGCUUCAACUUAGAUCAGGAAUAAGUUGCACUAGUGAUGAUUUUUCCCUUGAAAUGUUGCGAGAUUUUGCCAGGUCUCAAGUAAAUUACAUUCUAGGAGAUAACCCGAGGAAGAUGAGCUACAUGGUUGGCUUUGGAAACCAGUAUCCAACCCAUGUUCAUCACAGGGCUGCAUCAAUCCCUUGGGACGGUCGGAGCUAUACUUGUCAAGAGGGAGACAGAUGGCUGCAGUCUAAAUAUCAAAAUCCGAAUAUUCUUUAUGGAGCCAUGGUUGCAGGACCAGAUCCAUUUGAUAAUUUCUUGGACGAAAGAGACAAACCGCAGUUCACCGAACCAAGCAUAGCUAGCAAUGCAGGUUUAGUUGCAGCACUCGUAGCCCUUCAUGAUUCGGACGGCAUUAAUUCAGGCAUAGACCGGGAUGGCAUCUUUAAACACAUUCGUGAACCUUCUCCAUCUCCUUAAUACACUCGUAGACUGACUUCAAUUCCAUAAGAAAGAGAACAUAAGGCAAAUCAAGAGAUUGCCGACAUUUUGAUAAAUAA